AUGAGGCCACAAAGAAUCGAAGUUGCUGUGGUAAUUGAUGACAUUCGAAUCGUCAAGGAGUCUUAUGCGCUUUAUGGGGUUUUAGUAAAGGUCAUUAGGAGUAACGAUGAAUCUGCGAAUGAACAAAGCUACGAGCAUCGAGUGUAUAGAAGGUUUUCAGAGUUUUGGGAUUUAAAAAUGAAGUUGGAGAAAGAGUUUGGCACGGAGCUGCCCUAUGAGCUACCACAGAGACAGUUUGGAUUAUGGAAACAGAGUUCAUUGGAUCCAGAUGUCAUAGAGGAGAGAAAGAUAACAUUAGCCAAUUUUCUACAAGACCUUUUGAACGAUUCUUUUGACACGAAAUGGAAGAAUUCACCGCAGGUGUGUAAAUUCUUAAAAUUAUCCUCUAAUUGGAAUUCCUAUGAACCAAAGAAUUCAGAUUUACCGUCAAGCCAAGGCAAUAUAAAUGAUCCUACACAAUGGUUAACAACUUUUAGGGACUCCAAACACCUACUAGAGUCGUGUAAAAGAGGAAUGGCAUCUUCAGUGACUCGAGAUCUAAUGCAGUUGAGAUUGGUGCUCCACGAUUUGGAGAAUGCCCUUAAGCGUGGUAGUGAAAAAUUGGGACAGGCAGAAUUUGCAAGACGACAAAAUCUACUCCAGACUUUAAAAAAGGAUAUGAAUGAAUUUGCACUUGAGAGUAGUUCCCGUCCUCAUGACAGCAGCAACAGCAAUAAUAAUAAUGAACAUAAUGACUUAAAAGUGGCACUUUUUGAGGGGCCUACCGAACCAAGAACUCCCAAAAAGCCAGCUAUAGGACGUAGAAGAUUCGGUGAAACUGAGGAAACUGCUCCUUUAAAUAACCAGCAACUAUUGCAAUUGCAUAAGGACAGUAUGUCUAAGCAGGACUUAGAGAUGAAAGAAAUGCACAAAAUCGUUCAACGACAAAAAGAUUUAUCGCUUGCCAUGAAUCAAGAACUACUACAGGAUAACGAACUGCUAGAUUCGCUGAAUGACGGUGUAGAUAAUACAGCUUCUAAGCUACGUACCGCUAACAGAAGGGCCAAACAGUUCAAUAAUGAGUAG